GUAGGGAUGUUUUUGAUCUUUUGAUCCACGGGUUUUGUUAUCAAAAAUAUGAGAAAAAUACCUGCACGAAUUGUUGAUUUCCAGAGAUUGGUUAAUUCUUUAAAUUAAAAAAUUAUAAAUAAGUCUCAAAACUUCAUUUCGAUGUGUUAAAAAUAAAUACUGUGACCGAAAGUGCCGAAAGUUUUCUUGCUUGUGUUGAGGUUAAUUUAAAAUUUGAGAGGUUUUGCCCAUUUUAGCAGUAAUUUUGAAGAUAUUUUUUUCCAAAAGUGUAGGGUACCUUUUCACGACAUUUUUGAAGAAUGACUGAUUAUAAAAAUUGAAGAAACGUUGUCUUAGCGACGUUCGAAGCUAGUGACAUAACCUCAAUUUUUGGUAACCCCAAUUUUGAAACACAAAAUUGUCUUUUUUAGAAAAGGGACAAAAUGAAUGUGAAAAUGUUAAUUUCGAGGAGUAUCGGUGUGAGAUUGGGAAUUCCAAAUAUUUUUUCUGUAAGAUCAUAUACCAGUGAGGCGAAAGUAAGUCAAAAAACGGAGUCCGGAGAUCUCGAGUAUGACGAGGUUCCAAUUUUUGAGAAGGAUUCAACUUCAGAAGAGAUGGUUAAUAAGUUGAGGAAUAAGUCCAAAUUGAGUCCACAGGAUCGUAAUAGAAUCCAGGACAAAAAACCUUUCGAGCAGAGUAUGGACUGGUACCAUGACACAGUGAGAUACAAAAGGAGAAUAUUAGGACGAUAUGGUCUAAAAGCUCUUGAUGCUCCAGCUGGAAUUGCUUGGCCAACAAAGGAAGAAGUAGAAAACGCAAAAGAUUAUGAACAAACCGCUUAUCCAGUUUCUAUCCAGGAAGGAUGGAAGAUAUUUGAGGAAAAGAAACGAGCCGCUGCUGAGGAAAUACGGCUGAGGGAAGAGGACAUUGAUCGGAAGCUCGAAAAUAUGGGAUUGUGGAGAAAAGAAUUGCGAGCCAAAGUCGAAAAGAAAGAAGCGACCAUAAAAGCAGCGAGAGAAAAGAAAGAAAAAAUGAUGGAAGAGGUUCGUCGUCACUUCGGAGUGAAUAUCGACCCGCGAAGUCCGAAAUUCAAGGAGUUGAUGGAGAAAAAGGAGAAGGAGGACAAGAAGAAGAAAAAGGAAAUGAGGAAACAGGAGCAGGCUGUCAAAUUAGUCGAAAAGAUUUCGAGGAUGUUCGAAAAUCCUGAGAAGGUAGCGUCCUCGGGAAAGGAAGAAAAAUCGACAAAGGAGGAAAAAAUUCCGAAGGAAGCAAAAGCUCCAAGGGAAGCUAAAGCCUCGAAGGAAUCGAAAAAAGAGGCUUCAUCCAAAGAUGGAAAACCAACAGAGUCUAACUAACUAAGUUUGCUCAUUUUUUAUUUGCUUCAAAAUAGCGAAAAAAACGAUCUGUAAAUAUCUUCUUGUACUUUUUAUGUUCUGUAAGGACCAAGAGAAAGAAUAGAAAUGCAUUGUAAAAAAUA